UGUCCGGUGUCAGGCAGACAGCAGGAACUGGAUUGGUUGCGAUGGAGUGGACCGCCGUGCUGUUGCUGCUGCUCCCGCUGCUGGGACCUCCGUGCCGGGCUCAAGUUGCCCCUCCAACGGUGAGCAUCAACCUGGACGAGGACCCGCAGGAGCGAUGGAAACCUCUGCUCAAAGUUUUUGACGUAGCUUACCUGAACAGAGCAGCCGCUGCAAUAAUCGAUUCUACAGUCCCCAAAUGGGUGCAUCAUUUGAUUAUACCUGUUGUGAAUUCUCUGGAGAAGUACAUUCCUCCUCCUUAUGCGGGGGAGAUCCGCGGCCUGGCAUCGCACUUUGGAGGCAACCUGUCUGACAUCGUCAUCCUCAACUUUGCCUAUGAAGUGUCAGCGUUUUGCACGAGCAUCAUAGCCCAAGACAAAUCUGGAAAGAUUUACCACGGCCGGAAUCUGGACUAUCCGCAUCCUGUUCUGAGGAAUAUGACUCUGAAUGCGGUUUUCAUGAAGAAUGGGAAGAUGGCUUACCAGGGGACUACAUUUGCGGGCUAUGUGGGCCUGUGGACCGGGCAGAGUCCUGGGAAAAUCACCAUCUCCGGGGACCAGAGAGGAACAGAGCACUGGUGGAACUGGUGGAAGAACGUGGUGUCUGCUCUCUUGCUCCACGCGUCUCCCGUCAGCUGGCUGGUGCGGGAGACGCUGGAGGAAGCAGAAGACUUUCAGGACGCAGUCAUUCGUCUGUCAAAAACCCCCCUCAUCACAGGGGUGUACUACAUCGUGGGAGGGGUUCGACCGGGGGAAGGGGUCAUAAUCACCAGAGAUCGGAAAGGCCCCGUGGACAUCUGGCCCCUGGAUCCCACGUAUGAAGGGUGGUUCAGAGUUGAGACAAACUUCGAUCACUGGCUCCCCCCACCGCCGUCAGAUCAUCGCCGCCAAGUUGCAAACGAUGCACUAAAAUCAAUCGGGCAAAAACGCAUCAAUUCAUACUCUCUCUAUCAGGUUUUAAUGCUGGCUCCAGUGUGUAACAGAGGGACCAUUUACUCCACAGUAAUGAGUGCAAGAUCUGAAGAAAAGUAUAUGACAGUAGUCUGGCCAAAGGGGUGUCGCUACUCUAACAACACUGACAAUUUCUAAGCAGUGAACACUGCACAUACUUUUCAAUGAUUGAAUCAGUUCAUGGUCAUGUGAAAUUAAAGCAUUAUUUUAUGUUUAAAAUGAAACUGACGUUUUUACAGAGAUUUUAACUAUGUUUGGUUUUGUUUUUUAAUUACCUGAUAUGUUUGUAGUUAUUGAAAAUUCAAGGCCAGGAAUUGACAGAAAGUUGAUUAAAUGCAUGAAUCAGUGCUUCACUGUUAAAUUACAGUAUAUACUACAAAUAAAUCAUUAGUAAAACCCAUAUCCUUUUGGUUAUAAAAACUAAAAUGACAGCAUACGUUGUAUAAAGUGUACAUUUGUAACAUGAUACAGAUGACAACAGCUUCACUGUGACAAAAACACUCAAUGAAAUGCUGUAUCUAAACCUGUGUGGCCUUAUGUAUAAAAGUAAUACUCCCAUUCUUUAAUAAACUAAUAAACUGA